GCUGCACCAACAACCACUACAGUUGCACCUACGACCACUACAGUUGCACCUACAACCACAACAGUUGCACAAACAACAAGGACAGCUGCACUAACAACCACAACACAAGCACAAACAACCACAACCGUUGCAUCAACAACCACAACAACUGCACCAACAACCACAACAGCUGCACCAACAACCACAACAGCUGCACCAACAACCACAACAGUUGCAACAACAACCACAACAACUGCACCAACAACCACAAAACAAGCAAAAACAACCACAACAGUUGCACAAACAACCACAACAACUGCACCAACAACCACAACAGCUGCACAAACAACCACAACAGCUGCAACAACAACCACAACAACUGCACCAACAACCACAACAGCUACACCAACAACCACAACACAAGCACAAACAACGAGAACAGUUGCAACAACAACCACAACAACUGCACCAACCACCACAACACAAGCAAAAACAACCACAACAGUUGCACAAACAACCAUGACAGCUGCAUCAACAACCACGACAGCUGCACCAACAACUACAACAGCUGCACCUACAACUACAACAGCUGCACCUAUAACUACGACAACAGCUGCACCAACAACUACGACAGUUGCACCAACAACUACAACGGCUGCACCAACAACCACAACAGUUGCACCAACAACUACGACAGUUGCACCAACGACCACGACAGUUGCACCAAAAACCACAACAGCUGCACAAACAACCACAACACAAGCACCAACAACCACGACAGCUGCACCAACAACCACGACAGCUGCACCUACAACCACAACACAAGCACCAACAACCACAACAGCUGCACCAACAACCACGACAGCUGCACCAACAACCACAACAGUUGCACCAACAACCACAACACAAGCACAAACAACCACAACAGUUGCACCAACAACCACGACAGCUGCACCAACAACUACAACGGCUGCACCAACAACUACAUCGGCUGCACCAACAACCACAACAGUUGCACCAACAACCACAACACAAGCACAAACAACCACAACAGUUGCACCAACAACCACGACAGCUGCACCAACAACUACAACGGCUGCACCAACAACUACAACUGCUGCACCAACAACCACAUCAGUUGCACCA